ACAUACUUUUAAUUAUUUUAAAUAAUGUAAUUAAUAAUCAAUUGCCUUACAGAAUUUACGAUACUCAAAAUAACAAGUGACUACUUGAAUUUAAAAAUAUUGUUUGCAUUUUUUUUUUCAUAAACAAUUGAAUAAAAAGUGAUUGACUACAGAUUAUAAGGAAAAAGUAUUCAAAAAUACUGAAGUGUUUAGUUGAAAAAGUAGUGUGAAACUUGUAUUUUUGUGUAGAUGGGAGAUAAAAAUAUGGAGACACAGGCAGUGGAAAUGUCUCCGAACCCUGAUGCUGAACAGGAAUAUACGGAAGGAGUGAGAGAAGUACAGCUACAUCUACCAGAAGAUGAAGGCGAGGGACUAGGUUUCAGGCUGACUAGAACACUAUGGGAUCCGUACCCUUGGGUCCGAGAAGUAACUCCAAACGGGCGAGCAGACCAGGCCGGGUUGAAGCCAGGAGACUGCAUCCUACAAGCCGAUGGAAAAGACCUCCUCGGCCUACCGGUCGGUCAAGUAGCAGGUCUCAUAAGGGGUGAUGGCGCAGGAGGCGCAGUCAUGUUACUGGUGUGGAAUUGCGGAGUAGACCCUAAAGAUGAUCCUGAGUUGCUAUGGAGUUGCGGCGGCGGGUCUCGCGGGGAGCGAGCUCGGCGGGCGCUGGCGGGCGUGGUGCGAGCGCUGGCGUGCUCGGUCUGCGCGGCGACAGCUACCAAGCCGCUCACUUGUGCGAGGUCGCAUGUUUAUUGUGAAUCAUGUUGGGCUCGGCUAGAAAGAUGUGCACUAUGCAGAGAAGCUUUACCUUCGAAAAACUCACCUUACGCCAGAAAUCUAGUUGCUGAACAGGUUUUCGAAGCAAUAGCAACAGAAUACGAGAUCAAAAAUCCCCAUCUAAAACGGCCAACACACACCACGUCAGCCUACACGUCACCAGUGAGAUCACCAUGCGUAUCCCCAUCACCAAACCGACGCGGCCAAUACCAACACUCAAUGAUGAACCGAUACAAAAAAACCGUGCAUUUCCCCGAAAAAUACGGCCAAUAUGCCUCCGACCCUAAUAUACACCGCUCUACAACUACUACUAGAUUGGUAGAAAAUUCCCAAGCUGGCAACUCUAGGACAGCUGUCAAUGUCACCUGUCAAUGUCAAAGUGACGUUAACGUUCCCAAGAUUAAUGUGGAGAAUGCAGAUGAAGGGAGUAAGAGUAAUAAUGGCAGUGAUUGUUCGAGUAGUUGUCAGAGUUUGACGUUGCCUCAUAAAUUAGUAGCGAGGUUAAGACAAGCAUGUUCGUUGGCUGAUCUGCAAAAUGCUGGACAGUGCUCGCUGUCUAAAUCUAUGAAUAAUUUGGGGGAUGAAUGCAAAACCUGUCACCACAGUUCGUUGGAUAACUUGAAGAACAAUUGUAAUAGUGCAUGUGAUGUCCCGGUGUUUCUACUGCCCUCACCACCGGUCUAUGUUUUAACAACAUGUGAUCAUAAUAAGAAAGAAUAAUAUAUGAUCUCCUCCAAGGCCGAUUAUCGUCCACGGCGGCUGUUCUCAUGUAUGGAGAUCAGCCAGCUGCGCAGGACAUAUUAUAGUGCACGCACAUUUGCUUGGACACAGGUGCACUCCCUAUUCCUUCACUCUCAUAGCUCGAUGGGACGAUAAUCCGACACCAGCGGAGAGAGAUGCAUAAUAUACACCAUAUUAAGAUCAUUUAAAAUGUAACAGAAUAAAGUAAUUAGUCCGUCUUUUAGAACAGAAUAAAGCCCAUUUUCUCAUCUUUUCAUCAUCAUCAGCCUGUGUAUCGUGGCACGUGUGAGCUGCGGCCUCCUCUCACACGGAGAAGGAUUGAGCGUUAAUCACCACGUACAAGAGAUGUGGGUUGCUGAUUUCAGACUUUAUAGUCCAAGUUUCCUCAAGAUGUUUUCCUUCAUCUUUUCUCACUUUUCUGUUACAGUCGGGUAAAUCUAUAGUUUGUUAGAAUUCUGUGUUACGUUUACUCAGUUCUAUGUAUCGAAUUGUUAUUGUGUAAAUAAAUGCUAUAAACACAAA